AUGAGUGAAACCAGCCCACUGAAGGAACAUAAACACGGUGCACCUUUAAGACCGAUUGUCUGUAUGAUCAACUCGGUCACCUAUAACAUCUCCAAGUUUCUGGCUUCGAUCCUCAACCCAGUAGGCAGCUCUGAACAUCACAUCCAGAACACUUCGGAUUUUGUUGAGAAGAAUGAAAGUGUUUGUGCCUGCAACAAAUGUUUAAUGGAAUAUGACCCGUGGCUUAGUGAACUUAUGAAAGAAUCUCCUGAGCCCUUUCUAUCACCCACAAACAAUAUCUCAGAGGAUACAUUUAACUGGUGGAAGGGCAUACAGACAGACAGACGCAACUUCACUGUAUACAAUAAAACAGUGGACAAGGUUUUUCAGAUCUUCCCAACCAAAGUCAAUUUCACAAGAUCCAGCCCUGACCUUUGUAGAACUUGUGCUGUGGUUGGGAAUUCUGGUAAUCUCAAUGGAUCGCAUUAUGGACCACUGAUAGACUUUCAUGAUAUUGUCAUAAGAAUGAACCUUGGGCCCACAAAAGGCUUUGAAAGAGAUGUUGGAAACAAAACAACAUACCAUGUGAUGUAUCCAAGGAGUUUCACAAAUUUGGACAACACCACACAUCUUGUGUUUUUUCCAUUCAAAAUUUACGAUCUGCAGUGGCUUAUCUGGUCUUUUACUCAAAGGUAUGAUGGAAGAGAUUUUAAAACUGCUAAAUCCGGUUUGAAAACUAACAUGGAUUUGGUGAUGAUCCUCAGUCCUGCUUUCAUAAAAUAUGUCCAUUAUGUUUGGCUAAAACAGCAGGGGAAGUAUCCAUCCACUGGCUUUCUGACUUUGGUUCUCAGCUUGUACUUGUGUGAUGAGGUUAGUGUGUUUGGAUUUGGAGCAGACCAGAAUGGAAACUGGAAUCAUUACUAUGAGCAAAUCAAAAACAAUCGUCUGAAAACUGGACAACAUCCUGGAAGGCUGGAAUAUCAAUAUAUCGAGAAACUUCAUAAGCAACAGAAAAUUCAUUUUUUCAGAGGAUGCUUGCAUCGCAAAACCAGUGCCUGGCCCCGCUGGUUCUGUGGCACAGCUAGAGAGACCAUGUGA